CGCGAAACCAGGGCUCAUUGUGUGUGCGCCCGGAGCAGCUAUGGGGAAACACAUGGGACAACCAACCAGUUUGGGGCCAUGGUUUAUUCAACGUGUAUUUUCAGUUUGGUUUAACUUGCUAAUCUGAUCUGAAAGACUUUCCUUGAAUGUGCCUUAAUUUCCCCUCUUUUUUCUUUCUCCUUUUCUUAGCUUACUGAAAAUGUUGGCGACCAAAGGCCGGAUCCAGGGAUGUGUGCUGCUUAUGCUACUCGCGUUAUGUGGGCAAACUGCUUGCUGUCAACGUCGAUACAAAGGCUCUGCGACCCGUGAAGAACUGAGACUCCUUCUGGUCGGUAAAACAGGAUUGGGAAAGAGUGCGUCCGGAAACACCAUCCUGGGGGAUGCGUACGCUUUCAAAGAGGACGUUUCGCCCGAGUCUGUCACCGACAGCUGUCUCAGAAAAGAGGCAGAGGGCGACAAACUGGUGGGAGAGGAUGUGGUGAAAAUCGGCCAGCUGCGGCUGGUCACAGAGUGUUACAAAGGAGAUUACUGAGAUUCGUUUGUCACAAAAGG